AUGGAGAAUUCCUGGAGAGAAUUGGAUAUUGGCGUGAUUGGUGGUGGAAUAGGUGGUCUCGCUGCUGCUACAAGUUUACGACAAGCCGGACAUCGAGUCACAAUAUAUGAACGAGCAGAUUUCGCUGGAGAAGUUGGUGCUUCUAUAUCUUGUGCGGCGAAUGGCACAAAGUGGCUUGAAAAUUGGGGUGUCAAUAUCUCAAUUGGACGACCUGUGGUUUUAGAAAAACUUAUCUCGCAUGAUUGGAAAACUGGAGAGGUUCAAAAUGUAUAUGAUUUGGCCGAUUACAAGAGUAGAUGGGGAUACGUUUAUAAUAUGUUUCACAGAGUCAAUAUGCAUGAGAUGUUGAUGGACUCUGCUACUGGGUCAAAUCAUUCCGGCAUACCAGCAAUCCUAAAAUGCAAUCACAAAUGCUCCGAGAUCGAUCAUGAACAAGGCAUCGCUACUUUUGAGAAUGGUUUAAAAGUCAAACAUGAUUUGAUUAUUGGUGCAGAUGGUAUUGGGUCACAAGUACGAAAAACUUUAGGAAUUGUGCCGGAUCGAGAAUUAUCUACAUCUACAUGUUUACAUUGUAUUAUCGAAACAAAAGAUGCAAGGAGACUAGGACUUCGAGAUCUAUCACCGAAUAGUGCUAUCGAAUUUUGGGGUGGACAAGGAAUUCACAAGAUUGUAUUCUCGCCAUGUCGAGAUGGAGAAGUUCAUUCAUUUUAUUGUUUCUUUCCAACAAACGAAAGUCCUCAUGCCGGCGAAGGUUGGAAUAUCAAUCUUACCGUUGAAGAUAUUCUCAGACCAUUUCCCGAUCUCGAUCCGGAACUUCUUGCAUUAUUCAAGAACUCAACUGAUGUCAAACCAUGGAGAUUAUUUGUUCAUCAACCAUAUCCAUAUUGGCAAAAAGGUUCUACUUGUAUUCUUGGAGAUGCAGCACAUCCUAUGCUUCCAGAUCAAAGUCAAGGAGCAUGUCAGGCUUUAGAAGAUGCUGCUGCAUUGGGUAUAAUUUUUGGAAGGAAAUAUGGAUUUGCAAAUUCAAAAACAACCAUUAGCGAGGGGUUAAAGUUGUAUGAACAAAUUCGUAAGCCUAGAGCUUCUCGGGUACAAGCGGCUAGUGCUCGUGCUAGGGUGAAUAUCAAUGAACGGAUUGGAUUUUCAUCGAAUAUCAACAAUCCUAAUUAUAAAGUGUUGGAUGAGAAGAAGAAAUUAACAAUUGAGGAGAUGAAUGACUAUGAUAUGAGUUUGGAUAUUGAAAGAAAUGUUUCGGGUACACAACCAGAAGUUGAAAUGAGGGCCAGCUUAUAA